CUUCACCGUAUCCGUGUCAUUGCCACACCUGAAUUGUCUACACACCCCAGUCAUAUUUGCUCGUAUUUGACGUGGAAAACACCAACUCUCGGGACGGUUGCCUUUCUGCAUGCUCGCGAUUGACGUGUGGUCGGGCAUGUCAGCAUUGCUCCGCAUGAGAAGAUGCAGUUGGUAAACGAUGAUGAAGGAAGCUGCUCAAUGGAGAGGACCAAUGCAAUGCCAUCCCAAGAACGCAUUCAGGCGACUCCAGAUUGGUGCAAUCAGAAAAUAUUCCAACGCAACCGCCUCCCCUCUCGUUCCUACUACGUCCCGGAAACGUCCGUCUGCUUGAACGGGAAAUGGUCUUUCAACUACUCCCCAAGUCCCCAACAGGCGCCAGACUGUAAAACGUUCAGCACCCAGUCUCCCUCUGAUCUGUGCAAACGAGAUUCUGCCUGGGCACCCAUCGAUGUCCCGGGCCACUGGCAAUUGCAGGGUUAUGGCAGACCUCAUUACACAAAUAUUGUCUAUCCCUUUCCCGUCUGUCCACCGGAAGCGCCAACGGAGAACCCUACUGGGACGUACUGUCGGGAUUUCGAGUUGCCCACCUUGUUUGACGACAAUAGCCAGCUGAGGCUGAGGUUUGAUGGGGUCGACAGUGCAUUCUAUCUGUGGCUGAAUGGAGUGGAAAUCGGCUACGCUCAGGGGAGCAGGAACCCGGCAGAAUUCGACGUCACGAAGCACAUAGUGAAAGGCAAACCUAAUCGAAUCCUGGUCAAAGUCCUCCAAUGGUGCUCCGGAAGCUAUAUCGAAGAUCAAGACCAAUGGUGGCUUUCUGGUAUCUUUCGCGAUGUGCACCUAAUUGCGCUGCCCGUUCGGACACGAAUCGAGGAUUUCUUCAUCAGGACGCGUCUUGACGAAAAAUACGAGGACGCAGUUUUGGAUACUGACCUCGAUCUGUUGUUGGAUGAAGAUUGCUUCCUGUCCUUGACGCUCAGGGAUGCCGAAGGAGGAACCAUCAAGAAGGAGCGCAUUCCGCUCGCGUCAGCAUCUACAAAAUGCUCGCAUGCGAUCGAAGUCUCAAAUCCACGCAAGUGGACUGCAGAGACACCUUAUCUAUACAACCUAGAGAUGACCCUUUCCUCGGCCAAGCAAGGUGAUGGUCCCAUUCAUUCUGUCAACCACGCUGUUGGUUUUCGCUCGGUCGAGCUCAAAAAUGGCAACAUAUGCGUCAACGGGAAAGCCAUUCUGUUCCAGGGCUCAAACCGCCACGACAACCACCCACACCUAGGCCGUGCAGUAUCACUCGACUGGGUCCGUCGCGACCUCCUGCUCAUGAAGAGGCAUAACAUCAAUGCAGUGCGCUGUUCCCACUACCCCUCUCACCCUGGCCUUCCUGGUCUCUGUGACGAGCUCGGGUUGUGGGUCAUUGACGAAGCAGAUCUCGAAUGCCACGGCUUCGCUACCGCGGCUGCUUCAGGGCUCAACCUUGAAGGAUUGAGUUACGAGGAAAAAGUACAACGUACGUCAAAAGACGCGGCAGAUUACACCUCUGACAACGUAGAGUGGGAGUCUGCCUAUCUCGACCGUGUGCACCAGCUGGUUGAACGGGACAAGAACCAUCCAAGCGUCCUCAUCUGGUCGUUGGGCAACGAGGCAUUCUACGGUCGCAACCAUGCUGCCAUGUCCAAGUGGGCGAAGAAACGCGAUCCCGGUCGCCUGAUACAUUACGAGCCAGACUGGCAGGCUAAGUCGACAGACAUGAUAUCACAUAUGUAUACCUCCCCUGCAGAUUUGAAGAGGGAGGCCGAGUCCGAAGGCGACGAUUUUGAAAAACCCAUCAUCCUUUGCGAAUACGCUCAUGCAAUGGGCAAUGGCCCGGGUCUUUUGGACACCUACCGGACCCUCUUCCGCUCACACAGACGACUCCAAGGAGGAUUCAUCUGGGAGUGGGCGAACCAUGGACUCUGGAAAGAAGAUGCGGACGGCAGAAAAUACUACGCUUAUGGUGGCGACUUUGGCGACGUGCCAAACGACGGGACCUUUGUCAUGGAUGGGCUCUGCCACAGUGAUCACACGCCCACUCGGGGCUUGGUAGAACUGAGGAAGACAUAUGAGCCAAUCGAGGCCGUGCUUGACGGGAAGUAUCUUCUUGUGCGUAACCACUACGAUUUCAUCGCAUUGGAACAUAUUAGGGCAGAGUACGAUGUCCAAUGUUGUGGCCAAAGGGCUAAACUCGUUGCUGCUGGAGUCCUGGCCAUUCCUCCAGUCCAGCCAGGGAAGCAGGGAAGAAUCCGUCUGCCAGAAGAUGUCUUCAAGCACAAGGCUUCCAAGGAAUGCUGCUUCACGGUUGCCUUCCGGCUGAAAAAGGACACCCAAUGGGCAAAGACUGGCCAUGUGAUAGCUUGGUAUCAGACUCAACUGCCAGUGCCCGAUGCAAAUCCUACGUCGCCUCUCACCAGCAUUCUCUCCUCCGAGAACACAAGCAACGCAGCGACGCCCGUGUCUCAGCCAUCUACCAGCACAUCAUUGAUCAGGUUCUCCACAAGCAGCCUGGAAUACAAAAUCUCCACCUCCUCGACCGCCAUAACCUUCGACCGAAUCCGCGGCCAAAUCUCCUCGUUCACCCACAACUCCAACCAACUCCUGUCCAACACCCGCGUUGAGAGCUACGACCCGGCCUCUCCCUCCCCGUUGUUGUCUCUAGACUUUUGGCGACCGCCCACAGAUAAUGACAUGGCAUGGCAGACGAGUGAAUGGAAAAGAUACGGACUGCAUAUGAUGACGAGUCGGUCGAAGGGUUUCAAAGCGAGCGUGCGUUCUACUCAGACAUCCGCGACACGGAACCACACAGAUUCGGCAGAUGGGACAGUGGAGGUCUCCGAGGUGACCUUGAGGGCUGAGCAUGCCCUCUCUCCGCCGAGUCUGGCCUGGCAUUUCGAUGCCAUCACUACCUACACCAUCAGGACCACUCCGAUCCCAAAAUCUGAAUGUAACAACCAUAACAGCGCGUCCACUGCCCCAGGUACGGAGUCCCGGCUGACCGUACAAAUACACACGCGCCUUACACCCCGUGGCUCGCACCCACGCAACCUCCCCCGAGUCGGGCAUUCCGUUCAACUCGCUCCGCAAUACAAGCAUGUCAAAUGGUUCGGCCGUGGGCCAUCGGAGUCCUACAAUGACAAGUGUCUCUCACAGCGGUUGGGGGUUUGGGAAUGCCAGAUUGACGACAUGGCGGAACACUACGAGGUACCACAAGAGAACGGGAAUCGAUGUGAUGUACGGUGGUGCACGGUUUCAGCCACCUUUUCGGAGGAAGGCGCUUCCACCUUAGUUAUCGGAGAAGACGACAACGACGACGACGACAAAGUCGGCCGCGGCAUCGCUGACGGGAAGACGAGGCAAGUCCCACCAAGCGACUUCCCUGUCAUCCGCGCGACGUAUCUCCCAGGCACAUCUGGGCAAGACCGCCCGCAUAUGCAAUUUUCGACUCAGCUUUACGACGCGGCCACGAUAGAGAACGCCAAACACCCAUGCGACUUGCUGGUGCCGGGCAAGAGGAGGAAGGGAGCCUUAUGGCGGCUCGACGCAGACGUCGCGGGAGUCGGGACAGCAGCGUGUGGCCCCAGCACAGAGGAGAAGGAUCAGGUGUUAUGCCGGGAGAGAGAGUGGACUUUAGUCCUGCAGGUACUGUGAAAGGUCAACCCGAGAAAUUUGGCUCAGGAGCCCGAUGGAAGGGAGUAUCAUUGUUGGCUGUUGAUGUGGCCCCCUGCUGCACACAGGACGAGACGGCGGCAUGGACCACAUGUUGACAGAAGAUCCCAAAUAGGGUGCAAUAUCCGGUUGUCAUCACUCCACAGCCCCGGCCCCACGUACUGGAGCAGGGCUUGAGGCCAUAGGUACGAGCAUACACGCUCGUCGGCUAUUGAAGUGAUUUGAGGGAAGCGGGGACCGAUCGUCUUGGGAUAAGAUUGAGGAUUUUACCAAGAUCAGCGAAAACCGGGCCAACGGUGCAAAAGUGUAUGUUGUUGACAGCGAAGUAAUAG